GGGCUCCGGUGUAAUAUACACGGGAACGAGGCGAAACAGAUGGAUACACAGGGUGAGUGACUGAGUGGGGAGAAGAUGUUUCCCUCUGAAAUUGUUCUCUGCGACAUAGCUCUCACUCUACCGGACCCUGGACACUGCAGAAUGUAGGAGAGGGAGGCGAGCUACGCAUCUACUUGCUGGCAUUGAGGAAUCGCUUCGUAUUGUGCCCCUGCGUUCGCCUGAAGAUGGGUGAAUAAGGGAAAUAUUAUAAAAGCUCGCUAGGACGGUCUCUCCCGACACAAGGGUGUGCAAUCUGUAAUCUUUUGUUUUGUUGGGAGUCGAACCCGCGACUUCCAGCCCGGUGGAUGGGAGCGGGCGAUCGGGAUCUUGCAGGCAUUUCUCCGUGGAGAGGCGGGACGGAUGGAACGGGAGGGAAAGGUGCAGUUUCUGCGGCACCACCAGGGCAGCGUCCGAGGGGUGGCUUUCUGUCCCAGGGAUCGGUACCUGUUCUGCUCUGGUGCCUAUGACGGGAAAGUCAACCUGUACUCUGCACAGAAGGGAGACCUCCUCCAUACGUACAAUAUCACAACCUUGAGUCUUGCCAGGAACAUCAACGCUGUCAGGUUCACCAGUGAUGGCUGCAGGAUCUUGGCGACCACGACGGCGAGGAGACUGGCGAUCAUCGACGUGGAGAGCGGGGAGCAGCUGGGCUCGUACGACAGCUGUGCCUUCAAUGGGCGAGAUCGCACAGGAUUGGCUGCUGAUCCCACCAAUCCCAGCAUAGCUCUGUGCUGUACAGUGAAUGGCAAGGGGGUGACAGUGUUUGACUUAAGAAUGCCACUCCCACUGGACUUCAUCAAUGAUCUCCAUGGCAACAUAAUCCGGGACCUGACGUUCCUGCAUGACAGCUGGCCGUGGUGUAAGGGGCAGUCAGCCUUCCUGUCUGUGUCUGUGGACGGCACUGCUAAGGUGACAACGUUAGAUGGUAAAACCCUGCAGACUGUAGACUGUGGGUCCUGUCUGCACAGUGCUGCACCCACACCUGAGAUAUACGGGUCCAUGGCUGACGAUGGCUUCUACAGCCUGAUCAUGCUGGGAGGAGACUCCAUCUCUGCCUACGUCCCCGAGGUCGGCAUUCAGGAGUUGCUGCAGGAGCACGGGGAAGCUCCCGUCUGGAAAAUCAGGUAUACAUCCAAUGGCAGUAUGUUGUAUUCUGUGUGUGACAACGGGAUGGUGCGGAGGUAUCGCAGGUAUCCCGACCAUCACGAGUAUCUGGGAGAGGUCUUCAGGCACAAGAGUGAUAUAGAAGACAUGGACAUAUCAGCAUAUGACGAAUAUCUAGUCACAGCUUCCAAAGAUCGCACAGUGGGCCUGCUGAAGCUGGGCGCUCCCAAUCACGGGGUGACAGAGUACGCAGAACUGACGUAGUAAUGACCAUGUUGCAGUCAGACCUCCCUUCUCAACUACUGUACAAAACCCACCACUACUUAGAAUCACUGUUGACUCUUAUGUACUGAUGACAUACAGUGGUUCUUCAGACAUUGCUGGCCCAACAACAGUCCUCUUUGAGCAUGGAAAUUUCAAAUAUGUGGAUUUCCUACUAAAGUACCAGUCAACUUUUUUUUACCAUCAUUGAAAUCAUCUGAGACCUGAAAUUGAAUAUCAGAAGUAAUAUCAUGUUCUAAGAAUUUAGAAAGGGUAAUUAUUCAGUGGAUCAGCAGUAUUUAGCAAUGGGAAACCCUUGAUUGAGUCAAAUUUUAGGACUUGAUUAAAGCACAGUGUGGAGGAUUUUUAUGAAACUCCGAACUCGGAGCAUGUGUGAAUGUGGGAGUGAGUGAGUCAGUGUGAAUGGUACAGGUUUUUACUAGUAGAUUCCAGUAGAUGCAGCUUCAAGGUGGAACGGAAAGUGUCCAGAUGAAGAGUUGCAAAUAGAAAUGGUGGUAAAGAUUCUGAAGUUCAUUGUUUUAGGAGAAGCUAAAGGUAAGACACUGGCUGCUGUAUGGGCCUCAAGGUCAAAAGAUUCCUCAAGGUCAAAAGAUUCCUCUUGUCGAACUUAGAAGUGUGCAAUCCCGUCUGUAGUCUUAAUCAGGACUCUAAUGUACAAGCGAGAAGCCAUCCACUUUUAGCCAUGGACGUUGGUGCCAUUCUAGUAGUCGUAUUUUACUCAUAAAGCAGAAAGUUUUCGUCCACUAUUGAUUGUAAACAGAUGGAUCGUGUGAGAUGUAGCAGUAUUUAUUGAAUCAAGUACAGAAGAUAUCAUGUUAAAACUGCUGUCACAGUCCAUCACAUAAGAGUAUGUAACCUUCUGCAAAAUGCUGUGUACAUAGAUCUGCACUUUUUAUGUCCGAUAUAGAAAACAAUGUCAACCAUUGUUAAUGACCAUGUAUGAAUCAAAGGAAGGAUCCAGAAUUUCACAUUUAGAGGGAAAAAGUCUGUACAGAGUUUUGAAAAUCUUAAGCAGUCCUACAUAUGGGGUCUUGAAGUCCUUACAAUUCAGACAUUGUCAUGUAAUCUUCUCAUCAAGAACUGCUUAUCAUAGGUAACAUUGAUGAGUAUUAGUACUGUAUGUUAAUGACAGUGACAGUUGUUCCCAUAGCAAUUGCAUAUGUUACAUUGCCGACAGACCCACAAAGUUGGAACAUCAUUACUGUAUGACUUACUUACAUGUAACAACCUUUGUUGGCAGUCAUUUCAUACAACAAUUUCUGUUCACAAUGACAUGUAUUUUUGAUGCUCGACUUAUGUUCUCGUUUUACAAGUUGGAGAAAAAAAUGUAGAACAGUAUUUUGUCAUUACAACAUGUACCGACAUGAACAAUGCUAGAUUCAUCUUUUGGGGCAGUUAGAGACAGACUUAUUUGUAAAAAAUUUAACACAUUCUUGAUUCCGCUUGUUUACAGAUCAAGUACAACAUUAAACCAUGUUUUGAAGGCACAAGUAUGUUGCAACAAUUACUCUGAUCCAUACUACCAGUAUCUCUCAAAUGGUAUAAGAUUGUAUAGGCAUUUAAGAAUUAACAUUGAGGAA